AUGCCAGAAAUGUAUACUGUCGAAAAGAAGGUAUCCGAUGGCGUGUUCCCCCGUGCUCCGGGAUCCACCACCUUGCCCACAGACAAAAUCAAGCUUGUCUAUAACAAGUUCACUCCAAAGCAGCCUAUUCCCAAGGAAACCACCAAAAUCAACCUCGUGUUCGCCCACGGCUCGGGAAUGAACAAGGGUACGUGGAACUACCACAUUCAAAAGCUCUACGAGGCCAGCGAGAAGUACACGUCGUGGAAACUCAACAAUAUCGUUGCUGUGGACUUCUUCUCUCAUGGAGACUCUGCUGAACUCAACAGGGAGAAGAUCGGCUGGACGGCAGACUGGUGUGACGGCGGCCGUGACUUGGUUGAAGUGGUGAAGCACGAAAUCAGAGAAACAGGUGAUUUCACCCCAGACGGAUGGACUAGAAAUAUCCUAGUGGGCCACUCCUUGGGAGGCUUUGCUGUGCUCUGGGCGGGUUACCUUGAGCCACAGCUCUUUGAUUCGAUUAUCCUGGUGGAGCCUGUGGUUCAGUACACCCAGGCUUUGAACGAGUGGUUCUUCAAGCGUAUGAUCAAGGCGGGUAAGUUCAUUGUCAACGAGUACCCAUCUGUGGAAGCAGCGCACGAGCACUUGAGGAAAAAGACUUUUUACAAUGUGAUGGAGAAGAACGUGCUUGACGGGUUUUUGGACGACGAGUUGGUUGUCAACAAGGACGGAACCGUUCGCAUCAAGGCUGAGAGAAGACACCAGGUUGCAACCUACUGCGGCGUCUCUUACUCUGCCGAAAAAGGCAUGACCAUUUUGAAAGACCUCCAGAUUCCCUUCUACCACAUCACCGGUGCCGACGCCACGUGGACCCCUAGGGAGUCUGUGGACUGGAUCCGAGAGGAAGUGCCUGAACACCUUCUUGAGACCGCCGACAUCCCCAAGGGAGGCCACUUGGUUCACGGCGAACAGCCCCUCGAGCUGGUGAGGUUGUGGAUCGACUUUAUCGACAAGCGGGCCAAGUUCACCGAAGAAGCUCGCAAGAACUUCCCUGAGGUCAAGUACGGCAACGACAGGAAGAAGAUCUUCGAAGAGCAGUGGAAGUUCUUGGAGGCCGUGGACGUGGAGAACUUGUACCACUACAGGUACGUGCGUCCCAAGCUUUAA